AUGGCUCAGAGAGGAGUCCAGCAGGAGAAAAUCUCUUGUUCCAUCUGUUUGGAUCUACUGAAGGAUCCGGUGACUAUUCCUUGUGGACACAGUUACUGUAUGAACUGUAUUAAAGACUGCUGGGAUGGAGAAGAUCAGAGAAGAAUCUACAACUGUCCUCAGUGCAGGAAAACCUUCAGGCAGAGACCUGUCCUAAUAAAAAACAUCAUGUUAACCGAGUUGGUGGAAGAUUUGAAGAAGACUGGACUAAAAGCUGCUCCAGCUGAUCACUGCUAUGCUGGACCUGAUGAUGUGGCCUGUGAUGUCUGCACUGGGAGGAAGAUGAAAGCUGUCAAGUCCUGCUUAACGUGUUCAGCUUCUUUCUGUGGGGAUCACCUCCAACCUCACUAUUAUACUCCACCAUUAAAAAAACACAAGCUGGUGAAUCCAUCCCAGAAGCUGCAGGAGAACAUCUGCUCUUGUCAUAAUAGGGUGUUGGAGAUCUUCUGCCGCACAGAUCAGCAGUGUAUCUGUUAUCUCUGCACUAUGGAUGAACAUAAAGGCCAUGAAACAGUCCCAGCUGCAGCAGAAAGGGCUGAGAAGCAGAAGAAGCUCCAGGAGAGUCGACAACGAAUCCAUCAGAGAAUCCAGGACCAAGAGAAAGAUGUGAAGCUGCUUCAACAGGAGGUGGAGGCCAUCAAUGUCUCUGCUGAUAAAGCAGUGGAGGACAGUGAGAAGAUCUUCACCCAGCUGAUCCGUCUCCUCCAGGAAAGAAGCUCUGAUGUGAAGCAGCAGAUCAGAUCCCAGCAGGAAACUGAAGUGAGUCGAGUCAAAGAUGUUCAGGAGAAGCUGGAGCAGGAGAUCACUGAGCUGAAGAGGAAAGACGCUGAGCUGGAGCAGCUCUCACACACAGAGGAUCACACCCAGUUUCUCCUCAACUACCCCUCACUGCCAGCACUCAGUGAGUCUAAAGGCUCAUCCAGGAUCGAUAUCUGUCCUCUGAGACACUUUGAGGACGUGGCACCAGCUGUGUCAGAGCUCAGAGAUCAACUACAGGACGUCCUGAGAGACUCAUGGAGAAACAUCUCAGAUGCAGUAGCUAGAGUGGAGAUUCUACUGUCAGAACUAGAACCAACUGCCAUGGAAAUGGCUGGUCAAUGUUUAAAGACUGUAUACCAUACCCCUGAUCACUCAAGUUGGACACGCAGGCUAUUCAUCCCCCCGCCCCGCUCCAGAGCCAACCCUCCACCCCCACCUGCAUCCUCUCUUUUCUCCACAGCUGAAUCCCCACCCCAACCACUCUUCCGCCCACCACCAUUAUUUAUGAUGAGAUCAAGGGGACGAGCAGGGAGACGGCUAUGAAAACCAACUGGCCUAGAAAUCUUAGUUCUGGUACUGGCACCGGGACAUUGACUGAACCAACAGUUCCUCGGAGCAGGGCCGUGCAGAGAUCUUUGGAGCUGCAGGGUUUCAUCGUUAAAAAGGUUCAUUGAACAAGAUCUUAAAACAACGUUCAACAACAUAGCAACAACCCAUCAAGAAUCUAAUAUUUAAUUGGAUCCUACUGUGUCCCUGUCAUCAUGUGGGGACAAUGCAAAUCAAAUGUAGUCUUUUUUCUUGAUAGGUGUAAAGUUGUGGUUUCUGCUGCUGACAGCUGAAGGAUUGUGUUGAUCUGAGACUGUAGCUGUUAGACUAUAGGAGAGAAGGUCGCUGGUUAUGAAGUUAUGAAAUAAGCAAAUUUCCUGCUUUUUUUACUAAAUAAACCCAAAUAAUUUCUGACUGUCUAUAACAACUUGGCUGCUUUAAACAUUGAAAAAGCUCAGAGGGGUUAACUCUGCAUAAUGUUUUUGAUGUUAGCACCUCUGAGAAUUUUAAGAUUCAGAAAAAUCAGGGCAAAGAAAACUCAGUAGCUGCUGGUAGGGCCCGUCCAGACAUUCAGGGCCCCGUCCAGACAUUCAGGGGCCCGUCCAGACAUUCAGGGGCCCCUUCCAGACAUUCAGGGGCCCAUCCAGACAUUCAGGGCCCCGUCCAGACAUUCUAUAAAUACUUGAAUGUAACACAGGACCACAGAUGCAGUUCCACCCUCCUCAACUUACC